AUGUGGGUCCCAGCUGUGAGACAACUGGUCCAAAACUACGGCUGCAAUGGUCAAAAAAUGGAUGAAAAGCAGCUGAAAAUCCGUGGCAGACACCCUCUUAAAAUUGAUGUUGUAAGUCCAAGAAUCUCAUUCUCUUAUGAUCUAAGAGAAGCAGAUUUCGUGCCAGUAGAUUCCCACAACCCUCAAUCAGAUUUGGAUUUCAUUGAUUUUGAUUUCUCAAUUGGUGAUCAUUUCUCGUUAGAACUUUCAUCUGCUGAUGAACUCUUUGCUAAUGGCAAAAUCUUCCCCGUUGAAGUCAAGAAAUUCGAGCCCAGCAAAGAAAUUUAUCGAUCGGAGCCAAUUGAGCCAAGUCUAUCUACAAGGACUCGUAAAUUUGUUCAAAAUGCAAAUGAAGACACGGUUACAAAGAAGAAGACUCUCAUAGAAUUUUUAUCAAACACCUGUGAUGCAGAAGAGAAGCCACCCACAUAA